GACAUGGCUUAUGGUAUUCGGUUCAGAUAUUUGUGCCAAUGAUAAUGAAACUAGAGAACUUGCAGAAGACUUACUUUCAAUUAUCACAAUAUUUUUCCAAGAAAGAAGUAAUGAAACUUCUAGCAGGCAAGUUGAAAAAGAAGGCGUCAAACGAAAAAAGAAGGACUUACAGGCUCAAUGUCUUAACACU